UGGUAAAUGUGAUUCGCCCCGAAGUGUGACUUGUGCUGUUGCAUUGUUUAUAUAAAACGAUGGCACGCCGCGACCCCCAUCAGGGAACGCAUUCGAAUUAAUCACAUAGGCUGAGCGAUCACUUCGUUUCCUUCCCGUCAAAGCGCCACCAUUCAGAACUGCAACGGCCUGCGAUACGAGCCAGGCAACUGGGCGCUGGAAUAUAACGAGAGAACAUCAGAGCGGCGGUACUUUCUCUCUCUCUCUCUAUCGCCCGCCCUGAGUCUUAUCCGUCCCGUUUCGUCAUGAGCUAAACACUGAGUCACAGAUAGAACAAACAAUGAGGGAGUCCCGUCUGUAGCAUCAGAUCCACCUCGGGGAAGAGGAGGAGGGAAGCAGAAACCCGCUUCAAGCGUUUUCCACUUCAGCUUUUACUGGUUGCAAGCGAAGAAAAAGGGGAGAGAAAAGUCGAGGGGUUUGCAAUGGCUGUAGUUCUGUGCAAAACUUUGUACGCGUUUUCCGGGGACCAGCAUCAACACGGGCUGAAGUUCGAGGCUGGGGAGAUUAUCAAGGUCGUACAGGUGCUGAACGGUGGAUGGUGGGAAGGUGAAAAGGAUGGUGCGAGGGGAUGGUUCCCUGCCAGUUACGUGGAGAUUUUAGAGAAACCUACACCAGUAAGCUCUCAGACAAUUGAGGAAAUGGCUCACACUCCCUUGCCACAUGGUUGGCAGUGCUACAUGUCACCACAGGGUCGGAAGUACUACGUCAAUACCUACACUAGUGAAACAACCUGGGAAAGGCCAACCAGUACUCCAGGGACCCCAAAGAGUCCAAUGUCACAGAUGAAUUCCAUGCUUACAGUGAAUGGCUUUCACUCCUCGGGGAGUCUGUCACACCAUUCGGAGUCCUCGCAUGUGUCCUUGAGAAAGACCAGCAGCGAUCCACAGAGCCCGGGAGUGGGGUCACCCGCCCGAAGACAGAGCAAAGAAAGUCACAUUACGAUAAAUUGCAUUACAUUUCCCCAUCCGGAUGUGAUGCCUGAGCAGCAGCUGCUGAAACCAGGUGACUGGAGCUACUGCGACUACUUCUGGGCUGAUAGAAAGGAGACACAAAGCAAUAACACCAUUGCUGGAUUUGAUAUUAUCCUUGUGAAACAGCUCAAAGGCAAACAAAUGCAGAAAGAAAUGGCAGAGUUUAUUCGGGAAAGGAUUAAAAUUGAAGAGGAUUAUGCCAAAAAUCUGGCAAAGCUCUCCCAGAGUCCACUGGCGGGCAUGGAGGAAGGCACCUUGGGAGAGUCUUGGACACAGGUGAAGAAAAGUUUGGCAGAUGAAGCUGAGGUUCAUCUGAAGUUUUCAUCGAAGCUGCAGAGUGAGGUGGAGAAACCACUGCUGUCAUUUCGAGAAAACUUCAAGAAGGAUAUGAAGAAGUUUGACCACCAUGUAUCUGACCUCCGCAAGCAACUGAGCACCCGCUAUGCUACAGUGGAGAAGGCUCGCAAAGCGUUGGCAGAGAGACAGAAGGAUCUGGAAUUUAAAACUCAACAACUGGAGAAUAAAUCUACUUACAAAACAGAGGAAGACAUCAAGAAAGCCAGGCGGAAAUCGACGCAAGCAGGUGAUGAACUAAUGCGCUGUGUAGACCUCUACAACCAAACCCAAUCUAAAUGGUUCGAAGAGAUGGUCACGACAACUCUGGAGCUUGAGAGGUUGGAGGUUGAAAGGAUUGAAAUGAUUCGGCAACACCUCUGUCAGUACACACAACUUCGCCAUGAGACAGACAUGUUCAACCAAAGUACUAUCGAACCAGUGGAUCAGCUGCUGCGGAAGGUUGACCCUGCCAAGGACAGAGAACUCUGGGUAAAAGAGCACAAGACAGGCCACAUCCGGCCUGUGGACAUGGAAUUAUAGAGUAAGCCCUUUGCGGGAAUGAUUUCCUUUUCCACAGGCGUUAACUGAGCAGUUAGCUGCUACUGGUCUUCAGGUGGAUGGAUUGUGUCAAGGAAUCAAAGUGCAAUGAAAGUCACAGUGCAAGCUCAUAACAGAGUGCCUUUUGUGUAUAUGAAACAAAAAAAAGUUUAAAUAUUUAGCCAUCUGUGUCAAGCGGUUUGUUUUUUGUGCUAGUAUGAGUUUUCUUGCAAAUCAAACUGCCUAUUCACCAGCAAUGGUGGAAAAGCUUUCUCUUGCAUGCUAAGCAUGUAUAUAAAAAGAGUGCUUCAGCUGUCAUGGAUUCUGUAUCCCACCCACCCUCAACCCUCCUUACAUUCCAGAAAACAGUGCAAUGUGGUUGUCCCUGGAUUAAGAUGGGCACUUUCACAUGAAAACCAGUUCUGACUUUUGACUUCUGGCAUUUUUUUUUGCCCCAGUGUUGCAAUCCCAGCCAUGUGCUGGGCAAGUGAUAUGAUGUUUGCAGCUGGCCACAUCUGUAGUUUGUCGUGUCUCAGAACCAGGUUAGCUUGAGCUGAAAGGUAAAUAUAGGAGCUGUGGUAAGGCUUUUAAUGACCAAGUGUGUUGUUCAGUAUAUUCUGAUAAUGAGUAUACUUGUCUUAAUUAUUUGUUUUGGCAGUUAUCAUCAUUUGAAUGUGAUUGGAAUUCUAGUUUCAAAUUGUCAGGAUAUUGCUGAGCUUCCAAAAGAACUAUUAAUGAGUUAACGAUGUUCCAAUUCACCACAUUACGAAACUGGAGUUCAGCAAGAAUUGAAGUUCUAAAUUCACCUCUGCCAAAGGGAAACCACCUGCAACCCUUUCUUGGCUGGGGUUUGUCACGGAAGUGAUUUUUUUUUACUCGUAUAACUGGAUAGUUUUCCGUGUAAGUGUCCUCUGCUUUAUCCGCAUCUCUUUUUCUGUUUGACUAUGCACCUGCUAAGUAUAGUCAGUACUUGAUGGCACCUCACAGCAACCUCUAAGAUGCUUGGGACUAUUUUUGCAUCUUUUUUUCUUCUCUAUUCACUUUAUUCUUCUCCAAUUUUCCAGUCUUCUUCCAAUUUUGCUUGCUUGAUGUAAAUAAGUAAUUGAGUCUUUGUGCACUAAUUGUUAGUGUUUGAAGCAGAUUUGAUUUGCUUUUUUUGGCAGCCAAAUGGUUUUCUGCCUAAGUAAGCCUGUAAAGCGUUUUCUUCCCGCCUGGAGUCCUUCAUUUCUUGGGAGGUCAUGAGCAAGUGAUUGCAAAUAUGUUUGGUUCCACAUGACAUUGCUUAGGAUGCAAAUACAUAUGGGCUGAUUCUGUUCCAAAAUCUCUCUGUGCAGAAGUCAAUGUAUCAUUCAACUAAUGAUUCAAAAUUGUAUAAAACUAAAUUAUUAGAACAAUCUUAAAAUGAUUCUCUCUGCGAGCUUCAGCAUAAAUGGAAUCUCCAGUAAUGUUACCUUGAGAGUUUUUCCAUCGGCAUUGUGCUCGCUCGGAUGAACACACAAAACGCUGGAGGAACUCAGCAGGUCCGCUGAGGAUAAAGUUCUGUUGACAGUGGAAUUACAAAUGUGAAGAAUCAAACUCCAAACUGUCACACAAUGUGAAUUUUCUUGUGUUAUGUCCCAUUUGACCAUCUAAAGAGACUUGCAAAACACAAUCAGCUCCAUAGCAUCCAAAGUGGCAAUGUUAAUUCAGAGCACCAUCAACAUGGCCACUACAGUUAGUUAAGAUUUCAAUGGAGAUGUGCUUGAAUGGAAGAAUGUUAUGUUCCAUUUGAUAUCUGAUUAAAACAAACAGGCUCCAACAGAUGGAGUGCUGUCAACUGAGAUUGUUUUGGGGUGCUCUCCUGACAUUAACAAAGAAGUGCAAAGUUCUGGCUCUAAUUAGAAAGGUGCAAUAUGGAGAAAUCAUCUAGUGAUUUAAUGCAGCCCUAUCACUCUGGCUCGCUCUAAGAGGCAAACUGUUUAAAUAUUCCUUUAGCACCUGAGAUUUUCCAGCAAUAUGUAGAGAUUGCUCUGGCUUACGAAGGACAAAGAAGCAAAUUUCCUUUUAGGAAAAGCUGCUUGUGCUGUUUUUGACCUUGCUAAUCUUUAUAUAAGGUAGGACAGAAACAUUCCAAAUGACCUCAGCAGAUAACAAUCCAAUCCUGUGCAUCUUAACAUGCUUACUUAGCAUUGCAGGAUCUAGCUCUAUUGGUGCUAUUGUCUGCUUUUUUUAUAUAUAGAACACAAAUUUGAUUAUGAUAUGAUGCAUACUUAACAGUUUAUACAACAUUACUGGGGAGCAUUUUAUCAAUGUAUGACUAACUUGUCCACAACUUUUUAAAGCACAAAUGCUUUUUGUAUAUCUUAAAUUCAGUUGGGUUUCAUAAACCAAUAACCUUGUUACAAUAGUGCAGUUUCUCUAUAAUCUGAAUUUCUAUAUACUGUAAAAGUUUAUUAAUUUUCCAUAAAACAGCAUGUCUGACCAAGUGGCUGUUACUUAAGAUGUUUUCAUGUGAAAGUACCCCAAGAUGAAUUUAAACUGUAUUUGCAGCAACAUAAUAUUUCUUAUUUACCACUUUGUGUAUGUUGCUUUGAAUAUUGUGCAAGUUGUGAUAAAUGUCCUCUAGUUAAAUUGAUGUUAUUAAAACAUUCACACUCUCAAUGAAAAGGAAAUUGCUUUUAAAGGCUGUAGCUGCUAAAAUCAGAAUGUUUUCUGUACAAUAAAUGACAUCUAAGUGAAACAGUGGUGCAGAAGA